AUGUUCUAUGCCUUCCAAGAUCAGGUGAAAGGCACUGAGCCGGUCUACGACUUCUGGAACUCCAAGGACAAAGAGCAUACCUUUCACUUUGGUGAGCCGUGGCCCAACGAGGAGAAGGGCAAGCAUCCAGUCUUCUAUGCCUACCCCUUGGGCGAUGACAUGAGGGGGAUGCUGAAGCCAGUGCACAGCUUCUGGAACAACUCCGAGAAGAAGCACGCCUUCCACCUGGGCGACUCCAGGGCCGGAGAGGACAAGCAUGAGGCGCUCUUCUUGGCCUUCCAGGAGCCUCUGAUCUGGAACAUGGAUGCCCUCUGUGAUGGGGCUCCAGCGGUCAACCGGGCGAAGUGGCUGAUCGAGAACAAGGGCAUGACGGAGGCGGCGGCGAAGGCGCAGGUCAUGGCCGAGUUUCCCGCCCUCUUCCGCGGCGGCGCCGGCGGCUACUCGGGCGGCUACGUGCCGAGGGCGGCGGCGCGCUUCGUGGAUGGGAAGUUUCCACACACCUUGGAGAUCGUCAAGGAUGCCAAAGGCCAGAACCGGCUGAAGUUCUCGGUGACGCCCCGCAACCCGGGUGAGGUCACCAUGAUCGCGGUGCACUAUAGCGUCGUGAACAAGGAUCCAGGCCACGAAGACAUGAACUUCGACAUCCACAGACCCAUGGAAGGCAGCAACACCUAUGUCCACGUGACCCCUGACUUUGGCCCGGUGUGCGAACCUGGAUCCAAGGUGACGUAUUGGCUUGCUGCCAUGGAGAAGGGUUUGAUUGUGGAGAUGCCUGAGAAAGCAUGCCGUGUGCCGAUCCCACAGCACUUCAUGAUCAUGCACGUCGAGCAGGAAAUCAAAGGCGAUGACACACCGGUGCUGCAGAGUGUCCUGCAGGCGGAUCGUGAACGCGAGUGGCUCCUCAAAGUCGAGCAGGAGACCAUGCAUGCUUUGGCUUGGGAAGCGAUGGCUGCUUCCUUGAAAGGGUGGAUUGUAUUGGAGGUGAGUGGCGUGGGCCUGAUGGAGGUCUACGAGCGGCUCGAGGAGCUGGGGAACGAGGAUGCAGAGGUGGAGAGUUGGUCUUUUUUGGGGAAAGAGGGCAGGGCCCGUGCCGCGGUGAUCCUGGCGGGGCUGGGAUUCUCCGGCGAGGAGCCGGGGGGGGGCAGGCGUUCACAAGUUCACAACCAGAUGCGUGAUACGGCGUCACAGGAGAUACGCAAAGACAGGGUGCUACCAGAGGGGGCGACAGUCUGGAGGGUUUAUCUUGACAACUAUGACCUGCUCGAGAAAUACCCCCACGAGGUGCUAGGAGGUAUGGUCGAGGAGGUUGCCCCAGAGGUUUUAGCGCUAAGACAGGAAUACCAGGCAUGGGGACUCCCUCGACACCCCGGCAAAGCAGUGAGCCGGAAGACAGUACAAGGAGCAGUCGUUGACGGGGAACGGGGCAUUGCUUACCCUAAGGGGCAGAAGUUGUCCAAGUAUGUCACCAUCGCCUACCAGCUGGUGAGUGAGUCACACUGCUCGCAAAGACAAAUGCAGGUAGUUUGUGGUGGCUUGGUGUAUUUCUCCACCUUCCGUCGACAGCUUCUCGGAGGGCUUAACCUCUGCUGGGCGUUUAUCGAGUCGUUCAACUCUUGUGGGCGGCACAAGCAACUCAUCCCAAUUGGAGUAAAGCUGGAGAUUAUUCGCUUCUUAUGCCUAGUCCCUCUCUGCCGUAUGGACUUCCGCCUGAAGAUGAACCCAAGGGUCACCUGCAGCGACGCGUCACAGCAUGGAGGAGGUGUCUGCGUAGCCACGAGCCUCACAAACUACGGGGAAAAGGUGGCCCUGGGCGAGGAACGUCGUGAGAUGGUGGCAGGUGGCGGACCACGGAUCUUGAGCAUUGGUCUCUUUGAUGGGAUCGGGUGCCUCAGAGUCGCCCUGGAUCUGCUUGGGUGUGACGUGAUAGGCCACAUCUGUGUUGAAAAGGACGCUGCCGCCCGCCGGGUGGUUGAGCACCACUUCCCAGAUAGUUGGCACUAUGACGAUGUUGCGGAGAUUUCGACGGAGGACGUUCAGCGGUGGGCGCUACGUUUUGGGCAGGCCUCGCUGAUCCUAAUUGGUGCUGGACCACCAUGCCAAGGAGUCUCAGGACUCAACAGUCAACGCAAGGGGGCAUUGCGUGAUGAGCGAUCGUCAUUGUUCGUGCACGUGAAGCGAUUGCGUGAGUUGGUACAGUGUUGUUUCCCUUGGGGGCAAGUCCACUGCUUGAUGGAGAGCGUAGCAUCAAUGGAUGAUCGUGACAAGCACAUCAUGACGGAGUCGUUCGGGGAUCAACCCUGGCAAAUCGACGCUGGGACGUUUUGUUGGUGCAGCAGGCCACGGCUGUAUUGGAUCAGCUGGGAGCUCAAUGAGGAGCAGGAAGACGUGGAGAUUGAUGGCAGGCGCGUGAUAUUGACGGGGCAUCAGCCCUGGACGUCAUCGGUGGAAGCUGGAUGGACAAAAGUCGACGGAGACAGGCCUUUCCCUACGUUUACAACGUCAAGACCACGUACAUCACGGGGACAUCGCCCUGCAGGCCUGGAUGCGUGCGACAAAGCCACCACCACCCGGUGGGAGGACGACCUACAUAGGUUCCCGCCAUACCAGUACAUUCCACGCAAUUGUGUGGUCAACAAACGUGGUGACUACAGGCUUCCGAAUAUCCGUGAACGAGAAUACAUGAUGGGGCUGCCCGUAGGUUACACGCUGAUGUGCAUGCCCAAGUCAAAGCGGAAGCUCCCCGAGUGCAUGGACAAGCGGCUGACCUUGGUCGGGAAUGCCUGGGCUGUUCCAGUGGUCAGUUGGCUUAUUGGGCAAUUGGUAGGACCACGGGGAGCUGGACCCCUGUUGCCUCCGGCUGAGAUCCUUUCUCGGCUGACCUUGGAGGGGAAUCCGUAUAUCCAGUCGCGUCUUCUCAGAGCACCGCUCAAGACGGAUCAGCGUGCAAGUACAGGAGCAGAGGAGGCCUUGGCACAGAAAGUGUCACGGUAG